UUUUUUUCCUUCGUUGGAAGUUUUGACAAAUGUGAUGUGUCUGGAUUUCUUUUUUCCCGUAGAAAACUGCAAAUAGCGACUGACCAAUAUCUCGGAGUUUCCCGUUUUAAAAGAACGAAUUCUCUGCCAGUGUUCCUAAGUGCAAUAGUCGAGGACGAGAACCUCACGUGUUAUCCUUCGUUUGGAUUGUUUUUCUUUUCUGUGUGUUUUGCAUUCGUACGGUAUAAGGCUACCAACUUUAUUAGCUAGAUAAGGAAAACAUUACGGGCCGUUUCAUUACUCAUUGCUAUAAUUAUUUCAUGAGUGGAGUCUAACUUCUGGUCGACUUUGUACGGAAGAAAGCUUGUGGACUAGUGCUGAAUCAAAAUCCGUACAGUCUCACCGUAUAGGUCGAUCAACCGCCGGCAGUGAACGUGCACCAGCUAAUUCGCGAUUUCUGUGUGCCGUUGAUGACUCAGAGUGCAUUUUUAUCACGAUAGAAAGUGUAUUACGGGAUAGUCGCGCCGCGUUUCGCUUAUAACAGGGCACAACGAUGUUCAGUUGGUUGAAAAGAGAAACGAAAACAGAGGAGGUGGUGGAAAAUGUGUUGGGAGAGCUGAAAAAGAUCUAUCGCAGCAAAUUGUUGCCGCUGGAGGAGCACUACAACUUCCAUGACUUCCACUCGCCGAAGCUGGAGGACUCGGACUUCGAUGCGAAGCCGAUGAUUCUGCUGGUUGGCCAGUACUCGACUGGUAAGACCACCUUCAUCCGGUAUCUGUUGGAGCGCGAUUUCCCCGGCAUUAGGAUCGGACCGGAACCGACCACGGACCGCUUCAUCGCGGUCAUGUACGACGACAAGGAGGGCAUGAUUCCUGGCAAUGCGCUCGUAGUCGAUCCGAAAAAACAGUUCCGUCCACUGGAAAAGUACGGCAACGCAUUCCUAAACCGUUUCCAGUGUUCCCAUGUACCGUCGCCCGUGCUGCGGGCGAUAUCGAUCGUCGACACGCCCGGUAUUUUGUCGGGCGAGAAGCAACGCGUGGACAGAGGGUACGAUUUCACCGGUGUGCUAGAAUGGUUUGCGGAGCGCGUGGAUCGCAUCAUACUGCUGUUCGAUGCACACAAGCUGGACAUUUCGGACGAAUUCCGGCGCUCGAUCGAAGCGCUGCGCGGACAUGACGACAAGAUACGGAUAGUACUGAACAAGGCGGACAUGAUCGAUCAUCAACAGUUGAUGCGGGUGUACGGUGCUCUCAUGUGGUCCCUCGGCAAGGUGCUGCAAACGCCCGAGGUGGCACGGGUUUACAUCGGUUCCUUCUGGGAUCAACCGCUCCGGUACGACGUGAACCGAAGGCUGUUCGAGGACGAGGAACAGGAUCUGUUCCGCGAUCUGCAAUCGCUGCCCCGCAAUGCCGCCCUGCGCAAACUGAACGAUCUCAUCAAGCGAGCAAGGUUAGCGAAGGUACACGCGUACUUGAUCGCGGAACUGCGCAAAGAAAUGCCUCAAAUCUUCGGCAAGGAUAGCAAGAAAAAGGAGCUGAUCAAAAAUCUGGGCACCAUCUACGAUCGCGUGUGCCGCGAGCAUCAGGUGUCGAUCGGCGAUCUGCCAGACAUCAAGAAAAUGCAGGAAGUGCUCGCCAAUCAGGACUUUACCAAGUUCCAUUCGAUUAAAAUGCCGCUGCUGGAAGUGGUGGAUCGUAUGCUGUCGGUGGAUAUUGCUCGAUUAAUGAGCAUGAUUCCGCAGGAGGAGAUGCAGCUGGUUUCGGAACCGCUUGUCAAAGGACAAACCAAUGGCUCGACAAUGGAAACAAACUUUUUGGACCAUCUUCUGCUGAAAGGUGGCGCCUUCGACGGAGUGGAAGAUGUCGUUUCACCGUUCGGAUACCGGAAGGGCGAAGGAAUCGAUGCCGGGUACGGGGAGGUCGAUUGGAUAUGUAAUCGUGAUCGUGCCAGAACGGAUCCCAUCUUCGAGUCACUUCAACCGGUUGAUGGAAAGAUUUCCGGUGCCGCGGCCAAAUCGGAGCUGAUCAAAUCGAAGCUACCGAACAAUGUCCUGAGCAAGAUUUGGAAGCUGUCCGACUACGAUCAGGAUGGUUUCCUGGACAUCGAAGAGUUUGCUCUGGCGAUGCAUUUAAUCAACGUCAAAAUGGAUGGCAAUGAGUUACCUACGGCCUUGCCACUUCACCUGGUGCCACCGUCCAAGCGGCGGGCGGACUAGGAUUAGAUACCCAAACACAACGGGCCAGCAUUCUGGGGUCGUACAUCGUUUCGCGCUAUACUGUGUGUGUGGAAGCUUCCAGCAAAUGCGUCGGAGCUCGAUUGUUAAUCUUGUUUCCACAUUUACUAGCUUGCCCACGAAGAUGUGUACCAGUAGCCGACCGGCUUCAAAUAUUGCUUGCGCGUUCGAUCGACCCGUCACCUUUCUGACAUUCGGUCGGAGGAGUUUAUUCACGCCUGCCUGUGUGUAUCAUCUUUUGCUUAUCACUUGACCUUUUUUUUCUUUUUGCCGAUGUGUGUUUCUGCCGUGUUGUUGCUGCUUGUAAGGCGACCAAUCAAUCCUCAAACUUUCUCUUCCCAUGAGGUCAACGCGUUCAGUUAGUACUCCUCCCGUUUUUUUUUCUGUAAGCGGAAACGUUGAUGGAGUAGCUUGAAUGAAGCUUUUGCCCAGCGGAAGUUGGUCCUGUUUGUUUUUUGCUUUGCUUGUGACGUUCCAGUUCUCGGAAAAGGAAGAUCAACUUCCACUUGAUGGUCCGAGUUUGUUGUGCACACUCCCCCGCUAUCAAAUGUGAACAACCAAAUUCUCCGCCACGAGACAAUGCUAAGACGACGAGUAAAACGGAAGUUUGGCCGAUAAGCGCGUUCCGGUUAGGUUGUAAUGAGCAAAAGUAAACAAAGCAGAGGAAAACAUCAAAAACGAACAUUACGCGUCCGUUCUGUUCUCUCCGGCACGAGGGCCUCAUUCUUUCGUUUUAGGGUGAUAAUUUAUUAUUUAUACACUUAGUUAGUGAAGCAAACAACAAUAACGAAAAUUAGCCAAACAAAUGUAUGCAUACCGACAAACACACACGCGCAUACGCACGCAUACAUCUAUAUAUAUUUAGCUAAAUAAGCUUACGCGCAAAGUAGCAAGAGCCGAAACGAAUGUGGCCGAAAGAAUGCAAUCAAUUAUGAUCGUUUUGAUUUAUUAGGUGCUUACGGCAAAUGCUGUCAUUUACUACAUGUUUGAAUGUGUUUAGUUCAGGUGAAAAUGUUAGAACAAAGUGCGAUGUUAGUUGAAGCUGUAAUAUUCUGAGAAAGGAAUUUAUUUUGUUCUCAGUUGAAAACGGGAACCUUGUUUGUUUGUUUGAUGAGUAAAGCGUGGCGCCUGAGAGGAUUGAGUUUAUAGUUACUCGACAACAUUACGAGAAUCAACACGAAUAAUUAUGUGUAAGCAUGAACGUUAAACGAUGGACGAUAGUGGUCGGUGAUGCAAUUAUGAACAAUUACCUAUUGUACAAUAGGCAGAUGAGUGUAGGACAUAUGAGUAAUCAGUGUUUUGUGUUUACAACAUCGCUUUUAAAAACGGUGUGUUAUCUUUUUUGUUGCAAAUGAAAUUGUUUAAUUUUGUGUUUCAUAAUUUUGGCUAUCCUCAAUCGAGUCAGAAACUAGAUUCCAAUCAACCAGUUGAAAGUUGGUUGUUCAUAUUCUUGGCGCAACCUGCUGGCGCAAGUGGUGUUGCUGCUGUUUCGAUGCUCUUAUAUUUUCAACCCCAUCGUCGCACUACCGGCUCGAGUGGCCAAGUGCUGUAGUGAAAAGUGAAGUUCGUUUGUUAGCAUUUUACACUUAGAAACAUUGCCGUCAAGGUAGUCUUCAGUUUGGCAAUGUAGACCUCAGUUUUGCGCACAGGGGGUAGAGAGGGAGAAUGUUUUUCAUUUCCAUUUUCCCUUGCAUCUAAAAUGCAUAAUUUAUGCGCGGCAGUGUCCCGUGUGUCUACUGGCAAAGGAGGAAUAAUAAUGAGAAUCGGUAACGAUAGCUCGAUCUCUUGGUUUCUUUCACUGUACUGCGCGCGGUGGUGGUCACUUGCUCUCGCCAGUGUGCCACUUUGUACUUUCCUUUUGGCACUCUCUUGUCUUGUCCGUCAAAGCCUUACCCAUAACCGUUUCACCGGAAGUUGGAAGACAGCUUCUGUGUGGGUACUCGGCUGUAAAAGGAAAAUCGAUAGGAAUUGAAUAAUUUAUUACUCCAAUUACAUUGGCUGUUUUGAGUAAAACUGUCUUAACUAACGGAAGGUGACAUCCUGACUUCCUUUGCUUCUUGCAGUAAAAAUGAAGCAAAGCUAGAGCAUUUGCAAUUUGAGCUUUACGUUCUUGCCUGUUGUUGAUUUCAUUAAGCAAAAAUAUCAUGAUAAACAGAAGCGCACGAAGAACACAUGUCUAACAUCAAAGUAGUACGGUUCGAAACCUUGCAUCAUGGCAGGUGCGUUGCUAUGGGUUGCUAGAGAAGGGAUAUGUGCUUGGUAGAGGAGGUCUUUCCUUCUCAACCUAGCGGUAGUCCUAUUUUGCGUCUUGCCAAGUGCGUUAGUGAAAAGAAUUAACCGGGAUCGAAAAUUAAACGGUGUAUGUGCAAAAACAACGGACUUAUAUAUACAUAAAUCAACAAAAAUGUAUACACAACACAUAUUUACAAUGGAAUGGCUGAGCAUUUUUAUGGUAUUUGUAUUUGUAUAGGGUAAAAGUGCGUGGAUAACGAUAAUGUGAGAAAUAUAACGAACACAUACGAGGUGAAAAAUGAAAAAUGAAACAAAAAGCGAACUCGAAUUGGAAAAUUGGCGUUUGUGAAACCGACCGACAGAAAGUAUCAUCAACACAGCAAGCAGCAUAACGUUCAAUACCACGCCAAAAAACACGGACUCGGGUACAACUCAUCCGUUUCUUGGUCGAUCAUCCAAUCAUCAAUUCAGGCAAGCAUUUUGCGCGCGAGUGUGUGUGUAAACUAACGGAAAAAACGAGUGAAUGUACGUGUGCAGAAUAAUAGCAAGCACAAAAUGGAGACGGUGAAGAUAAAUAGUAGUAGUAGUAUGAACGGGCAAGAAAGAAGAAAAAAAAAAACGGAUCUAAUAUGGCAGGCGAAAAACACCGACCCGUGUAAUGAAACAUCAAAGCAGGCCGAGAUACUAGCAAGAAACGCAACCGAAAUGAAACAAAACGGGACGAGACCGAGGCCUUUUCUUUUGCGCUGCUGUGUGUGUGCGUAUGGCGCGCCUCGAUAAGCAAAUGUUGUAAAAAGAAAUGAAUCAUAACGAAACGACAAUAGUAUCGUAUAA